AUGUCGCGCUGGCAGGGCUGCACCUGCCUGCUAGGUGUGUGUGCUAGGUGUGUGUGCAUUUUGUUCUAUCUGUUCUAACCAAUGUUUGUUUAUUACCCAUUCGCGAACUGCAAACUUUGCAACCCAGUUCCGGCCACUUUGUUUCCUGUUGUGCAUUUCUGUGAGCGUAUGGUACAGACAGUAUUCUUUCAUCUUUCAGCUUUGUUUACAUUUCAAUGUUUUACAUUUAGCAGAAGCUCUUAUACAGCGCGACUUACAGUUAGUAAGUGCAUACAUUUUUCAUACAUUUUACAUGCCUUUGUUUCACCCAAAGAGCAGCUCAACUAUUCAGAGAACAUCAGCAUACAGUGCCUUCGGAAAGUAUUCAGACCCCUUGACUUUUUCCAUAUUUUGUUAUGUUACAGCCUUAUUCUAAAAUAGUUUUUUUCCCCUCAUCAAUCUACGCACUACCCCAUAAUGACAAAGCCAAAACGGGUUAUUAGAAAUGUUUUACGUUGUUGAAACACCUUUGGCAGCAAUUACAGCCUCGUCUUCUUGGGUAUGACGCUACAAGCUUGGCACACCUGUAUUUGGGGAGUUUCUCCCAUUCUUCUCUGCAGAUCCUCUCAAGCUCUGUCAGGUUGGAUGGGGAGCGUUGCUGCACAGCUUUUUAAUUCUCUCCAGAGAUGUUUGAUCAGGUUCAAGUCUGGGCUCUGGCUGGGCCAGUCAAGGAUAUUCAGAGACUUAUCCCGAAGCCACUCCUGUGUUGUCUUAGCUGUAUGCUUAUGGUCGUUGUCCUGUUGGAAGGUGAACCUUCGCCCCAGUCUGAGGUCCUGAGUGCUCUGGAGCAGGUUUUAAUCAAGGAUCUCUCUGUACUUUGCUCCGUUCAUCUUUCCCUCGAUCCUGACUAGUCUCCCAGUCCCUGCCGCUGAAAAACAUCCCCACAGCAUGAUGCUGCCACCACCAUGCUUCACCGUAGGGAUGGUGCCAGGUUUCUUCCAGACGUGACGCUUGGUAUUCAGGCCAAAGAGUAGAAUUGUGGUUUCAUCAGACCAGAGAAUCUUGUUUCUCAUGGUCUGAGAGUCCUUUAGGUGCCUUUUGGCAAACUCCAAGCGGGCUGUCAUGUGCCUUUUACUGAGGAGUGGCUUCAGUCUGGCCACUCUACCGUAAAGGCCUGAUUGGUGGAGUGCUGCAGAGAUGGUUGUCCUUCUGGAAGGUUUUCCCAUCUCCACAGAGGAACUCUGGAGCUCUGUCAGAGUGACCAUCGGGUUCUUGGUCACCUCCCUGACCAAGGCCCUUCUCCCCCGAUUGCUCAGUUUGGCUGGGCGGCCAGCUCUAAGAAGAGUCUUGGUGGUUCCAAACUUCUUCCAUUUAAGAAUGAUGGAGGCCACUGUGUUCUUGGGGAUCUUCAAUGCUGCAGACAUUUUUUGGUACACUUCCCCAGAUCUGUGCCUCGACACAAUCCUGUCUCAGAGCUCUACGGACAAUUCCUUGAACCUCAUGGCUUGGUUUUUGCUCUGACAUGCACUGUCAACUGUGGGAACUUAUAUAGACAGGUGUGUGCCUUUCCAAAUAAUGUCCAAUCAAUUGAAUAUACCACAGGUGGACUCCAAUCAAGUUGUAGAAACAUCUCAAGGACGAUCGAUGGAAACAGGAUGAACCUGAGCUCAGUUUCAAGUCUCAUAGCAAAGGGUCUGAAUACUUACGUAAGGUAUUUCUGUUUUUUUUUAUUUUAAUAAAUUAGCAAACAUUUCUAAACCUGUUUUCACUUUGUCAUUGUGUGUAGAUUGACUGGGACCCAUUAUUGUUAUGACUGCAGUCUGCUGUUUCUGGUGUUUAAAGGGACGGUUCCCACAAAUUAAACUAUUUUCAUCUCGUUCAAGAACCGUACUGGUGUGAUCAGAGCAGGUGUCUCUCAGACCAUAGACUACCUGUCUAAACCACACCGUAGAGAAACAGGAGGCAGAAAGGCAACCAGACAGACACCAACUCGCUGCUAGCUAACACAACAUUUAGAAAACAAAAUAACCUUUUUGACAUAUCGGCAUUUUGAUCGGGUUCUCUGCAGAGUACCGUUGCUGAUGUUUUUUUUAAUGAUACUAUAGUUCCAAGAUUUGGCCUAGUUCCAGUAACCCAAGAUUUAGGCUAGGUAGGUUUAACAUGGCUACAGAUUGGUGUUAGCAUCGUUGAGUGGAAAACGAUGGCGUAAUGGGUUAAUAUGCCCAAAAAAUCGAGUUAAAGUAACAUAGUUUAAUUGAUAUUGUGGGUGAACUAGUAGGCAUAUGCAGGUAUCUGUGUGCAAUAGCCACUUUAUCUAACCAGUAACCACUUUAAGGUUUGAAAAUGUUUAACAAACUCUGAUUUGGGGGUGGACCUUCUCUUUUAAGUUAUGAACUAAGUGAGGACUUUCACCUUUAAUGAUUCUAAACAUCUCUCCCAGGUGGGCAUGGGGUGGAGGAUGUGCCUCAUAAGAUGAGCCCUGAGGCAGAGGAGGCCCUGUUAUCGGCGGAAGACGUGUUGUCGGCCAGGCCGGUCCAGAUCGUUGUGGCUCACGAGGACGACCACGCCUUUGAGCUCGAUGAGGCGGCGCUGGAGCGCAUCCUGCUGCAGGAGCACGUGUGCGACCUCAACGUGGUGGUGGUGUCAGUGGCCGGUGCCUUCCGCAAAGGCAAGUCCUUCCUGCUGGACUUCAUGCUGCGCUUCAUGUACAACCAGGUGAGGCCACACAUAGUUUUACUUGUACAACCUGUUGAGGCUAGACAAGCUUGUAUAGUAUACAUGUACAACCAGGGUCUAAAAUGAACUUUUUGGUCCACCAGCCACUGUGGUAGGUAGAUUUUAAAAUCUACCAGUCACUCAGAUUUUUUACCAGCCAACAAGUUUUUGCUCAAAUUACACCAACAAAACGCAGUAAAACGGAUGAGCAUACUUUUGUAAUGUUUCUGAAACAAUAAAUGCAUUACUAGUAAGAAGUUAUGUGGUAUAUUGUUUAUUUUUCUAUAAUUUGUGACAGUCUUUUAACCAAACUAUCACAGAUCAGACAAUGUUCACAGGUUACCGUGGUAAUGCGACUGGAGUCAUGUUUGUGCCUGUGAGAUUGUCUGACUAGUAGCUGCGUUGUCUUCUCUUCCCUAGCAGUUGAAACUCAAACGUUGAAAAAAAAAAACCUAGCUUGUGAACAAAAACAAUGUAAAUAGCCAAGAAAUACAAGGACAAAGUCUCACUUCAGUAUAUUAGACCAACUUUUAUGCCAGUGCUUCUAUAAAUUAGCUUUCACUCAGCUCCUCACGUGCACACAGCUCCCAGCCAGGCACUGUUGCAGCGCGAGGUGGGAUAGGCUAUAGGAUUCAUAGCUCUUUGACUUUGUGCGAUUAAUUUACCAGCUAUUAAACAAAAUGGCUACUGCAGCAUUAAUUUUUCUGUAAAUAUCAUACAUGACUUUUUAUUCACAAAUGUGAGUGAAAUGCUCGCACUGGAGCCCUGACCAGCCGCCAACGUGACUGGUGAAAUUGAUAUCUUACCCGCCAAUGCCAAAAUCUACCUGCAUUUGGCGCGUCGGGUUUUAAUUUUAGGCCCUGUGUGCUAGAUGAAAGCAUGUAAAGGUAGGUGAAGCUACACACAGGCCUAUAUGUAUAACCAGGGCUUUUAUAGUACAUGUACAUUGUACAACCAGGAGGAGCCAUAUAGGUGUAGAAUUAGUUGUAUUUUUGCCAAGGCAGCAGCUACUCUUCCUGACGUCCAGCAACAUUAAUGACAUUUACAUUUCACAACACAUUAAGUGGCAGCCUAUACUGACACACACCUGAUCUGACCCACCAAGUAUUGAAAUGCACAGGUUGCAAUGCAAACACAGUGGCUGUCAACCUGCCAGUCUGGGACAUACUAGAAUAUGAGGCAGGAUACAACAUUAACGCUCGCCCGCUUUUUAUUUCCCAGAGAAGGUAAACGCGUGCUUUGGGCUAAGUUGAUAGACGACAGUAGAAAUUCACUUGGUAGCCAGUAGACUUUUGACCUACUUGCCCCGACCGGAGAAAACCCAUUGACGUCAAAACCCUGUGAGUACUGGAGCACGGCUUAUGUCACAUGUCUGGUGAACUUUAUGUGGGUCUGAGUGCUUUAUGACUGGUGAGGUUCCGCAGCAUUGAAGAGCUAUUAUCUGCAGCUGCGCUGUGAAAUUAUCCAGUAUCGCUUAUUGAAAAUAGUGUUUGUGUUGGACUACAUGGCGGUGCUUUGGGACAUCUAACAUGAAGAGUGACCUCUGUAGCUCAGCUGGUAGAGCACGGCGCUUGUAACGCCAAGGUAGUGGGUUCGAUCCCCGGGACCACCCAUACAUAAAACAUUUAUGCACGCAUGACUGUAAGUCGCUUUGGAUAAAAGCGUCUGCUAAAUGGCAUAUUAUAACAAGUAGGACAUUCAGGAGACUCUAUGGGCCCUACUAGAAAAUGUUACAAGGAUGGACUUCAGACAAACUCGUUAGGUAAAAUACCACAACCAACCAGAGAUGAUACUUAUCUUGAGUUGGAGAACAUUGUCCUCAUAUUUUUCACUCAGUGAAACUAUUAAGAGCUGCGAGGAAUUCAUUCACUCCAUUCAUCGGACGCUUAAGGGAGUAAACUUAUCAGGAUUUCUCUACAUGUCCUUCCACAACUUGCUAAACCCUUGUCAGUGAAUUAGAGUUCUCUGUUCAUAACUUGUUUAGGGGGAUGAUUGUAAUCCAUUUGAGCUAUGCUUAAAGCUGGCAUUUUUGGGCAGCACAAUGCUUUGGACUGUGGACCCGCUUUUGCAAGAACACUUCCCUUUUUAUUCCAGGCAUAAAGGCUGCUUUUGUGUGUGCCCCUCGAGGUUCGAGCAGGGAUCAUAUCCAAUAUGCCACUCAAGUAUGCUAACAAUCAGGAGAGCCUGGGUUAGGGGUGUUCAAUAGGAGAGUAAGGGCGUGUCCAGAAAAAACCCUAGACACUUCAUGCAUAUCUGGAAUACAUCUGAUGGGUACAAGCCGGUACUGUAGCAUAUGGUAUUUCUUGCCAUCUAAUAGGCUUGGUAGGGCCUUGACCAUAUUGCUCGCUUAUACCUUUCAGGUUUACAUGAAUUGUCUAGGGGAAAUGGCUCGAGGUUGUUUCUGGGCAGGGCCUGCGAGGACUGCUUCAGCCAACGGAGUCUCGAUACUGUAGCUACAUGGCUCAUAUGAUCGCUAAGGCCCUGCUUUGAUGUGUCCUCUUCCUCCUUUCAGACAUCCUGCUCCUGGCUUGGUGGGCACGAGGAGCCACUGACGGGCUUCACCUGGCGGGGGGGCUGCGAGAGGGAGACCACGGGCAUCCUGGCCUGGAGCGAGGUGUUUGUGGUGGACAAGCCAGAUGGGAGCAAGGUAAAUACAAAGUCACUUUUCCUUUGGGUGGGCACACGUUUUCUCCAACCAAGGAUUGAAUUGUUUUUAAAAGAGAUUACACUCCUAAAUCAAAGUUUGUCCGAUACAGUCAAGAUGAGUCCAUAUCAAACGGCAUCAGUUGUGAAGCAAAAUGUGGAAAUGAUAUGCCGCUUAUCGUCUCCAUCCAUUUUGGGUUGCGGCAUAUAGCUGGAUUUACGAAACAGAUUUACAAACUUUGAUUUGGAGUGUAAUGUCCCUUUAAACACAAUGUAAGAUUUCCAGUUGUCCAUUGGUUAUUGCAACUGAUUUAAUACCCCUUGAUUGGUGAAGAAUAUGACUUAUUAAUUGAUUUAUACUUUCUCUGCAGGUUGCUGUUCUUCUAAUCGACACACAGGGGGCUUUCGACAGCCAAUCGACCAUCAAAGAUUGUGCGACGCUGUUUGCGUUGAGCACCAUGACCAGCUCUGUACAGGUAUGAUGCUCUCCCCCCCCACAGUGUUGUGUACCCUUUAUAUUAAGGUAUUCACUUCUCAAAUAAGUAGGGGAGAUCCACAAUGUGCGUAUGUUUCAUUGCUGGUAUUGAACAAAAACAAUAGUAGGGAACUGAUUUAUUAUAGGCUGUUUGGACGAGGAAUGCCUCUACCUAUCCCCCUUUCGUCAGUAAGUAUCCGAAUUGAAAAAUGCUAAAUGCAGACAGUUUAUGAAGUUAUAUUGUUAUGUGCUAGUUCUAGACAGAUUGAAUACCAGACCUUCCUCCUCCCCGUACCAACUUUUCAAUUCAUGCAAAACAUUGAUUGAAAAUGUGAUCCAUGUAGACUUUAGUACAGGUUAUUGAUGAUUUGUCCCCCCCCCCCGUUAGGUUUACAACUUGUCUCAGAAUGUGCAAGAAGACGACCUUCAACAUCUCCAGGUGUGUGUGCGUGCACUCGCAUGUUUGGAUUGUUUUGGAAGGGGGACUUAGAAUCUCCAACACUGCUUUGGCCAUGAGCUUUGGACAUUGAACUCCACGAGCAGAUGAUGUAACUUGAAAUGGCUCUUUACUUUGUUAUACACUGCUCAAAAAAAUUAAGGGAACACUAAAAUAACACAUCCUAGAUCUGAAUGAAUGAAAUAAUCUUAUUAAAUACUUUUUUCUUUACAUAGUUGAAUGUGCUGACAACAAAAUCACACAAAUUAUCAAUGGAAAUCAAAUUUAUCAACCCAUGGAGGUCUGGAUUUUGAGUCGCCCUCAAAAUUAAAGUGGAAAACCACACUACAGGCUGAUCCAACUUUGAUGUAAUGUCCUUAAAACAAGUCAAAAUGAGGCUCAGUAGUGUGUGUGGCCUCCACGUGCCUGUAUGACCUCUACAACGCCUGGGCAUGCUCCUGAUGAGGUGGCGGAUGGUCUCCUGAGGGAUCUCCUCCCAGAUCUGGACUAAAGCAUCCGCCAACUCCUGGACAGUCUGUGGUGCAACGUGGCGUUGGUGGAUGGAGCGAGACAUGAUGUCCCAGAUGUGCUCAAUUGGAUUCAGGUCUGGGGAACGGGCGGGCCAGUCCAUAACGUCAAUGCCUUCCUCUUGCAGGAACUGCUGACACUCUAGCCACAUGCGGUCUAGCAUUGUCUUGCAUUAGGAGGAACCCAGGGCCAACCGCACCAGCAUAUGGUCUCACAAGGGGUCUGAGGAUCUCAUCUCGGUACCUAAUGGCAGUCACGCUACCUCUGGCGAGCACAUGGAGGGCUGUGCGGCCCCCCAAAGAAAUGCCACCCCACACCAUGACUGACCCACCGCCAAACCGGUCAUGCUGGAGGAUGUUGCAGGCAGCAGAACGUUCUCCACGGCGUCUCCAGACUCUGUCACGUGUUCAGUGUGAACCUGCUUUCAUCUGUGAAGAGCACAGGGCGCCAGUGGCGAAUUUGCCAAUCUUGGUGUUCUCUGGCAAAUGCCAAAUGUCCUGCACGGUGUUGGGCUGUAAGCACAACCCCCACCUGUGGACGUCGGGCCCUCAUACCACCCUCAUGGAGUCUGUUUCUGACCGUUUGAGCAGACACAUGCACAUUUGUGGCCUGCUGGAGGUCAUUUUGCAGGGCUCUGGCAGUGCUCCUCCUGCUCCUCCUUGCACAAAGGCGGAGGUAGCGGUCCUGCUGCUGGGUUGUUGCCCUCCUACGUCUCCUCCACGUCUCCUGAUGUACUGGCCUGUCUCCUGGUAGCGCCUCCAUGCUCUGGACACUACGCUGACACACAGCAAACCUUCUUGCCACAGCUCGCAUUGAUGUGCCAUCCUGGAUGAGCUGCACUACCUGAGCCACUUGUGUGGGUUGUAGACUCCGUCUCAUGCUACCACUAGAGUGAAAGCACCGCCAGCAUUCAAAAGUGACCAAAACAUCAGCCAGGAAGCAUAGGAACUGAGAAGUGGUCUGUGGUCACCACCUGCAAAACCAGUCCUUUAUUGGGGGUGUCUUGCUAAUUGCCUAUAAUUUCCACCUGUUGUCUUAUUCCAUUUGCACAACAGCAUGUGAAAUGUAUUGUCAAUCAGUGUUGCUUCCUAAGUGGACAGUUUGAUUUUACAGAAGUGUGAUUGACUUAGAGUUACAUUGUGUUGUUUAAGUGUUCCCUUUAUUUUUUUGAGCAGUGUUUAUCAUAGCCCUCUGGGGGAAAUGUCGACAUGAUAUUCCUUUUGAUUAUCAACCAUGCAGUUGGAACUAUUGUACUUAGUGGGUCACAAGUAGAGAGCACUUGUAUGGAAGUGUAUAGCUGAUUCCUCCCUUUGUUAAAGAUAAACAAUGGAUGUUUUUAAUUGCUAAAUGAACGUCAAAUUUUGGCUUGAAAUGUGACUAUGGGACCCCUUUUGGGUCAAGCGCACACCCAGAAGCAAAAGUUCUGUAUAGUCUCUUUAAAACCUACUCAACAGAAGACUCUUAAGGGACGUGUUAUUGACAUCACUAUCCUAUUAGAUGGCAACAGUCAGAUUGUUUGACUGACUGUUUACCUUUUUGACGAGGAUGUGGACUAAUACUUUUGUUUUUCCCUACCUAGCUCUUUACCGAAUAUGGAAGGCUGGCCUUGGAAGAAAUCUAUGAGAAACCCUUUCAGGUAUUGUCACAUUUCUCUGCUGCCUUUCCGGAAUGAAUGGCCUGCAACACAUUUCUUAUUGGAUAAUAAUAAAGAGAUUUUUAAGUAAUUGAGAUGGCGCUAAUAGGCAUUUCUAGAGUCUUAUUUAAUAUGGCCACCAUUACUUGACCCUUUGUGAAAAGUCAAUAGUCCUAUAGUAUCUUGUUAUUUCUUCCUUCAUUGUCUUCCACAACAGACUUUAAUGUUUCUUAUAAGAGACUGGAGCUACCCCUAUGAGCAUCCCUACGGUUUGGAAGGAGGGAAGAGUUUCCUGGAGAAGAGAUUACAAGUAUGUCUUUUUUCACUGGCUCCAUUAUUCGUUCUAAGAAAAUCAGAGCUUCAACUUCGGACAUUUCAGGAACUAAAGCGCUUACACACAUUCCACUAUUCAAACAGCCUGGUGUCAUAUGUCUGCAGUCUUGCCAACUGUUAUGGUCAUUUGUGUUUGGCAUGACAAUGACCAGUAGUAGGCUAUACAGCUAUGCUGCCUUCAUCAGGGUUUCAGCACAAACAGAUCUGAGACCAGGUUAAUUGGAACAAUAUUUGUCCAACCAUUUACUUGAAUAAGCAAGGGUCUCUCCACUGUGUGCAGGUGAAACAGAACCAGCACGAGGAGCUGCAGAAUGUCAGGAAGCACAUCCACUCUUGCUUCUCUAACAUUGGCUGCUUCCUCCUGCCCCACCCCGGCCUCAAGGUGGCCACCAACCCCAACUUUGAUGGCAGACUCACAGGUAUGCUAUAGGAGAAGCUUGCUCAAUGACCAUUGUGGAAAGAUGGCAUACCUAUCUCUAUGAGAGCAUGGACAGCGCCAUUGAGGGCUAUCCAUUUUAAAGUAGUCCAUUUCUUCUACUUCUGAGUGUAUUGACAGUUCAUGGCGCUGCCCAUGCUAAAACAGGCUUUAGUCAUAGUUCACCCCCUAGCCAACUCUGUCAAUUCCAAAUAAACCAUUCCCUACCCCAAGGCACUCCUGUAGAUCUGAAGCGAUUGGAUAGGUUUUAAGCACUAUGGUCAAAUUUCUACCUAGCCAAUCAGAAGCCAAGGUGAAGCUAUUAUCAUAAUGCUAUAUCUAUCCAAUCAUCUCAGAUAUCCAGGUGUGCCUAGGGAAUAUGGUUCACUGUAGACUUGCAUUUUUUGAUCUUAGAUUGCAUUUAUGUAGCACUUUUCUUCUAUUAUAAUACAAAGCUAACCUUUUCAAAGUUAUAAAACAACACAUUUGCCUUUUAUAUAGUUGCAUUUAAGGUCAGCUGAUGGUUAAUUUUUUUUAAUGGAAUAUUUCAACAAUAAAUGGAUUUCCCACUUGUCUCUCCCUCCAGAUAUUGAUGAUGAUUUCAAGACCGAGCUAGUCAACCUAGUGCCAAUCUUGUUGUCCCCGGAGAACUUGGUGGAGAAAGAAAUCGGAGGAGCCAAAGUGACGUGCCGAGACCUUGUACACUAUUUCAAAGUAAGUCGAUUGUUUCAAAUCUUAUACCUUUUCCCCUUAUGCCUUGCCAUCACUAGCCGGCUUCCACCCAGUACCCUGUCCUGCACCUUAGAGGAUGCUGCCCUAUGUACAUAGACAUAGAAUCACUGGUCACUUUAAUAAUGGAACACUGGUCACUUUAAUGUUUACAUACUAUUUUACUCAUUUAAUAUGUGUAUAUACUGUAUUCUAGUCAAUGCCACUCUGACGUUGCUCGUUCUAAUAUUUAUUUAUUUCUUAAUUCCAUUCUUUUACUUUGAGAUUUGUGUGAAUUGUUAGAUACUACUGCACUGUUGGAGCUAGGAACACAAGCAUUUCGCUACACCCGCAAUAACAUCUGCUAAAUAUGUGUAUGUGACCAAUAACAUUUGAUUUACUAUAUACCUCUCCUGUUAUAUACCCAUUUUUCCUCUAUACUUUUCUUCCUUUAUUCCUUUUCUUCUUCUGACAAAAAUGUUUGCUUGUGUUUUUUUCUUUUUCGGCACAGGCAUACAUGAAAAUAUACCAAGGGGAGGAGCUGCCUCAUCCCAAGUCAAUGUUACAGGUAGUUAACUCUCCAGAUAGUCAAUGAUACAUUCCCCUAAACUGUAUUAUGUUCAGUAGGCACAAAAUGGAAUAGAAUAGUUUGAGGCGGGUGUAAAACGGGGAGGUACUACCUGAAUUUAACCAAUUAGAAAGCUUGUUUUUGUCUUCUGUUGCAAAAUGUUCUGGUAAUACAACCCUGAAGCAUGAUCAUGUUUUCACUUGUUGUUGACAAUGUAUUGUGUGACAUGAACAUUUGUUGCAUCCCGAAGCCUUUUACAGACCUUAUGAUACCAUUUUAUGUUACUUUGUCAAUGAGAGAUUAGCAAACAAUAUAUGCUUUUACUCAUGGGCGUGGGGGCAUGUUUCUGUCCAAUGAGGUAAUCUCUGAGCAAUAUUUGUCUAUUUAGAGGGCCCCUUUUGGCUUAAGAGCACCCCCAGAGGCAACACGUAUUCCAUAUAGCCGCUUUAAAACUUGAGUAGAAUUUCAUGUGAAUGUAGGAGAACGUUGAUGCACCAAAGGAACCUAAUCUCAGGACGGCUGCGUUUUCCCCUCUGCUUUCUCCCGCUGUCACCUAGGCAACGGCUGAAGCCAACAAUCUUGCAGCAGUUGCAGGAGCAAAAGACAUUUACAACAAAGGCAUGGACCAGGUAAUUGAACAAUUUACUUUUUAGUUUUAAGCAUCCAAUUUACUGUAUGACUUUGACUAAUAAAAGCAGUUGAAGCGUUUUCCUCUGUGCAGAUGAGUUGUGGCAUGUGUUACUACCUACAUUAUACUCGAGGUUGAUUCAGUCGUAAAGCUUUUUUGUUUUUUUUGUUGUCCAUUUAACCGUCGAUCUUCAUUAGACGGCUCUAAAUAAACUCGGUAAAUAGGUCAGUUUGUGCUCUCCGCAAAGUUGUGCCCUUCUAGCUCCUACAUCUAGAUACGCAAUGGCUCCUUGUAGAUCUGAAAGGAUUUGGUUGGAGCAUCUCUGUGUAGUCUGGUGUGUUCAUAUUUACCUUGUUUCUUCUGUAUUGAUCAUCUAUACUGAACAAAAAUAUAAACGCAACAUGCAGCAAUUUUACUGAGUUACACUUCAUAUAAGGAAAUCGGUCAAUUGAAAUAAAUCCAUUAGGCCCUAAUGUAUGGAUUUCACAUGAUUGGGCAGGGGCGCAGCCAUGAGUGGGGCUGGAAGGGCAUAGGCCCACCCACUUGGGCGCCAGGCCCAGCCAAUCAGAAUGAGUUUUUCAUUACAGACAGACAUACUCCUCAGUUUCAUCAGCUGUCCAGGUGGCUGGUCUCAGACGAUCCCACAGGUGAAGAAGCCGGAUGUGGAGGUCCUGGGCUGGCGUGGUUACACAUGGUCUGCGGUUGUGAGGCCGGUUGGACGUACUGCCAAAUUCUCUAAAACGACGUUGGCCUAUGUUAGAGAAAUUGACAUUCAAUUCUCUGGAAACCGCUCUGGUGGACAUUCCUUCAGUCAGCAUUCCAAUUGCACGCUCCCUCAAUCUGUGGCGCUGUGUUUUGUGACAAAACUGCACAUUUUAGUGGCCUUUUAUUGUCCCCAGCACAAGCUGCACCUGUGUAAUGAUCAUGCUGUUUAAUCAGCUUCUUGAUAUGCCACACCUGUCAGGUGGAUGGAUUAUCCUGGCAAAGGAGAAAUAACAGGGAUGUAAACAAAUUUGUGCAGAAUUUGAGAGAAAUAAGCUCUGUAUGGAAUUUUUCUUGGAUCUUUUAUUUCAGCUCAUGAAAAAUGGGCCCAACAUAGAUGUUGCGUUUUUAUCUUUUUGUUCAGUAUAGUUCUACCAGAUCUGAGGGGCAAUUUGCGAUCGGAAAGGCAUGCGUGUGUGUAUGAUUGAUUGCUAUCAAAUUGUCUUGCAUCUGUCGAUGCCCAGGCCAUAUGGUCUUAUAAGACACUGAAUAUUCUAUGAGUAAAUGAGUUACAAUAUGUGUAUGUCCCUCAUAGCGAACUCCCCUUUCUCCCAGGUGUGCGGCGGCGACAAGCCCUACAUGGCCCCCGAUCAACUGGAGCGCGGCCACGCGAACCUGCGGCAGGUGGCGGUCAAACACUUCCGCUCGGUCAAGAAAAUGGGCGGCGAGGACUUCUGCCGGUGCUACCAGGAGCAGCUGGAGGCAGAGCUGGACGAGGCCUUCACCAACUUCAUCAAGCACAACGAUGGCAAGAACAUGUUCUACGCGGCGCGCACGCCCGCCACGCUCUUCGCCGUCAUGUUCGCCAUGUACGUGGCGUCGCUGGUCACGGGCUUCCUGGGUAUCAACACAGUGGCCACAGUGUGUAAUAUCAUUAUGGGCGUGGCACUGGCGGCGCUCUGCCUAUGGGCCUAUGUGAAGUAUUCCGGCGAGUUCCGCGAGGUGGGCAGCGUCAUCGACCAGGUGGCCGAGACCCUGUGGGAGCAGGUGGGUGACCCGGGGGGAAGAAAUGCCUGCUGCACGUCUCUUGAUCAAUCCGAAUAUUAUGCAUGUUCCAUUUCUCUCUUGCUCGGGCUCUUUCACACUUCUCUUUCUACGUCUCUCAUCUCCCUUUUUAAUGUGUACCUCUUUCUCUUGUUUUCUUUCUACUCCCUUUUGCUCUUUUUCUUUCUACCCCCUCACUCUCUUCCCUUUUCUUUCCCCGUCUCACACCAUGUCCCUCUCCUGCUUACUCUUUCACAGAGAGCAUUCUCUCCCAAACUUUUUAUCCUGUUCUUUUCCUAACCUAUCUGGAUGUGACUGAAUGUGAUUCACCCAAACAUCUCUUUCCUCCCUCUCAAACCAGAAUCUCCCCAAAUCAAGUUUCUUAUUUCCUCAUCAGCCCAACCUUUUCUUCCCUUGUUCCCUAUCUGCCUUUGUCUCUGGUUGCACCCUGAUUCUUUACCCUUUCUCCAGAAGUGUGCACCCGCCAUGGAUUUAAAAUAAAUGUAUUGGUUGAAACGUUGGCUGGAGGGAGUUUAAACCACUGUUAAAUCCAUGAGAGGGAGGGUGCAAGUGCACACUUUGGAAGAAGGGUCGAGAAUUUGGACGCCUCCCUCACUACUUUCCCCACUAAUUAGUCUUCCCUCUUUUUUACUUUGUGCUUCCCACAGAGGACUCCACGAAAGGUGAGAGAGGUGGACAGAGUGAAAAAAGGCUCCAUCUUUUGUCAUUUUGGAGGCAGAAAUAACUUAGUCACUAAUGUCAUUAAUACGGCCACAAUACUUCCCUUGCCUUGUUUUCAGAUCUUUUCCAAACUCUUUGAGGUGGCGAGGAGUCGAGUCCCGUUGGGUUCCUUGAUACCGGCCCAGAGAACGAGACUGGCCUCAAACAACAAUGUCAAGAAGAAAAACUAGCACAUGCUGUUUUUCCCCCUUCACUCGGUUUCCCAUGUCCAUUUUUAGGACUAUAUAUAAAUGUUUUCUUUUUUGGUAGCUCAUGGUCCCCAUGCCAUGCUGGUUUAGUAUUUAAAAACUGAAUUGUAUACCUGGUUCUCACCACAAAUGUAGAAUACAGGUUUGCACUUUCAUGGUUGAUUUGUUGUUUUUUCUCAUUCCAUGUUGAGGGGAUUGUGGGGGCUAAGGGUGGGGUAGGGUGACAUCGGGUGCUUAAGUUUUAUUGUGUGUGUGCAUGAUAAGCUGCCACAAUUUUUGGUAUGGAUGAAUGUACGAACGAACAAAUUAAGCUUGCUUUCCUUUCCUCGCUCCUUUCUCUCCACCUCCAGUUUGUUACUGGUUUUAUCCUCUUUUCACCCCCUUUUCCUUUCGUCUGACAUUCCCCCUCCUUCUUUUGUCUUUCCUACCAUUCUUGUCUCUCUCCCCAGGUGUUGAAGCCUCUGGGCGAUCACUAUAUCGAGGAUAACAUUAGGAGUGUGGUCGACAGUCUCUGCUUGUCUGAGCGAGCAGGUGUCGCAGCACGCCAAGUUAAAGACAAAAUGAGAGACCGACGGUCCGCUGCCCACACGAACACUGCCCACCUGCCUGUAGAACCAAAGUUUACAGCUUUACCCUCUGUAAUUGGUCCUAGCUGCUCGUCACUUAAUUCGGGCACCAAAUGAGAAGGCGGCGUUACGAACGGUUGGCAGUGUGGGGAAGGAUGGGCCCGCCUCAUUUUCCUUGAUCAGACUGCUGAUUGGUUGUCUUGUGAGAUGUCUUCUCUCCCCCAGCCUAUGGAAACGGAUUAUUGUUAUAGUGACAGGACAUCAUGUUGCAGUUUUAUUCAAGCGGGGCCAGUUUUGAGCUCAGUAGUUUUCAUUAGUGGUUGUCUGGGACAGGCAGCGUUUAGAGGACUGCUUAAGCCACCAUUUACUCCUUGUCUUGUCUGUAAGAACUUUCUCCAGCUUUCUCGUUUUCCUUCCCACUUGUCGG